AUGGCCCAGCAGCUGUUCCAGCUGGUGGGCGCGAGCACCUCCGAGUGCGACACCAUCCCUGGCAGACAGUGCAUGGCCUCCUGCUUCUUCCUCCUCCGCCAGUUCGAGGACGUGCUGGUGUACCUGAAGUCCAUCAAGCCGUACUUCCAGAACGACGACGACUUCAACUGGAACCACGGCAUCGCCUGCGCUGCCGUGGGAGAGUACAAGGAUCGGCGAAGGAGGCGUUCCAGCAGAUCCAGAGCGAGAAGCACAGGGCGGAGUUCUGCUACCUCAGCUGGCUCGCGAGGUGCUACACCAUGA